ACUCACCUUUAGGCCAAGACCCCAGACCCUUCCCAGCUGAGGCGCUGAGGUGUAGGAGCCCCAUCCUAUCCUUGAAGCCCCCUUGGGUACCUCACUCUGUAUUUGGUGGGGCAGUUCCUCCCACCUUCAACCUUGGAAGAACGACUGGAGUUCAUGGAGAUGGCAUAGAAUGCCCCUCACCUCCCAGCAGAGACAUGGGACCACGGGUCAGCACGGGUCUCUGGAUGGUCCCACACCCUGCAGUGCAGAAGUGAGACUUGCCGCCUGCCUCCCUGCCCUGCCUGCCCCUCUGGCCCUCUUCUCCCGCCCCAGACUGGCUGUCAUCAAAGCCACUGCCAGCCAGGUGGCAGAAGUACUAAGUGGCCUAAGCCCUAAGGAAGGACUGGGGCAGGGUCUUGGGGGCCCAUCAAACCUCCACUUGAGAACCCCCUCUCCGACCUCUGACCGGCCCUUCCCAGCUGGCUCCUGGGGACUGAGGUGGCAGCUGAGCCCCUCAUUACCCACCUCCAGCUCCCCAGCUAUGGAGGGACAAGUGAAGAAACCAGUCCCUGGGGGUGCCCCGUCUGACCAAUCCCUCUGCCGGAGCUGCCUGGGGCUAGGGGGUCUCUAUUGCUUCUUCCUUAUUUGCCUUGACUGCCGGCCCCACUUCCAGGACCGCUGCGUGGGGCAUCCUGCUCUGAAGCCCUACGGGGGAGGGGUCGGCCCUACCCGCCCCUCCCUUGUGCCCGCUCCGCUCUGGCCACCAACUCCAGCCGGUCCGGCUGCCUGCCCAGUCACCCGAUCCGCCCCGUAAACUUGACGGCGGGGCGCGGCUGGCUUGGUGGGGGCGGGGGCUGCUCCUUAAAGGAGCCGUCAGAGGGUGCCCUGGGGCCCCUCGGCUUCUCCCCUUCUGCAGGGUGAGAAGGGGCCAGGGUGAGGAGCCGCUGCUGCCGGAGCUCUCGGUGGAGUGUGGGAAGGCAAUCUGGUGUUUUGUGACGUCGCAGACCUCACGGGCCUAGAAGAGGCAGCGGCAAGUGUCAGUGGAAGGAAGGAGGGAGAUCCCGGGGCAGAGUCCAGGGUGGCUCAAGGCUCCUCCACACACGCCUGCUGAACCCUGAGCUCCCUGAGCUGCAGGGAUGGGGCGGGCUGAGGCCGCCGCCAUGAUCCCAGGCCUGGCCCUGCUCUGGGUGGCAGUGCUGGGGGGUGCUGCCCCCAGCACGCCACGCCUUCGCCUCUCCUUCCAAGAGCUCCAGGCCCAGCACGGUCUCCGGACCUUCAGGCUGGAGAGGACGUGCUGCUACAAAGCUUUGCUGCUGGAUGAGGAGCGUGGGCGCCUGUUUGUGGGCGCCGAGAACCAUGUGGCCUCCCUCAGCCUGGACAACAUUAGCAAGCGGGCCAAGAAGCUGGCCUGGCCGGCCCCUGUGGAAUGGCGAGAGGAGUGCAACUGGGCAGGGAAGGACAUUGGCACUGAGUGCAUGAACUUCGUGAAGUUGCUGCACGCCUACAACCGCACCCACUUGCUGGCCUGUGGCACAGGGGCCUUCCACCCAACCUGUGCAUUUGUGGAGGUGGGCCAGCGGCUGGAGGAGCCCAUGCUCCGGCUGGACCUUCGAAGGCUAGAGGAUGGCAAGGGCAAGAGUCCUUAUGACCCCAGGCAUCGGGCUGCCUCCGUGCUGGUGGGGGAAGAGUUGUACUCGGGAGUAGCCGCAGACCUCAUGGGACGGGACUUUACCAUCUUCCGCAGCUUGGGUCAGCGUCCAAGUCUCCGAACAGAACCACACGAUUCCCGCUGGCUCAACGAGCCCAAGUUCGUCAAGGUCUUUUGGAUCCCGGAGAGUGAGAACCCAGACGACGACAAGAUCUACUUCUUCUUCCGUGAGUCGGCAGUGGAGGCCACGCCGGCCCUGGGACGCCUGUCUGUGUCCCGCGUUGGCCAGAUCUGCAGGAACGACGUGGGUGGCCAGCGCAGCCUGGUCAACAAGUGGACUACGUUCCUGAAGGCGCGGCUGGUGUGCUCAGUGCCCGGUGCCGAGGGCGAUACGAACUUUGACCAGCUCCAGGACGUGUUCCUGCUGUCCUCGCGGGAUCGCUGGACCCCGCUGCUCUAUGCUGUCUUCUCCACGACCAGCAGCAUCUUCCAGGGCUCCGCAGUGUGCGUGUACAGCAUGAAUGAUGUGCGCCGGGCCUUCCUGGGACCCUUUGCACACAAGGAGGGGCCCAUGCACCAGUGGGUGUCCUACCAGGGCCGUGUCCCCUACCCCCGACCUGGCAUGUGCCCCAGCAAGACCUUUGGCACCUUCAGUUCCACCAAGGACUUUCCUGAUGAUGUCAUCCAGUUUGCCCGGAACCACCCCCUCAUGUACAAUUCGGUCCUGCCCAUGGGGGGGCGCCCCCUCUUCCAACAAGUGGGUGCUGGGUACACCUUCACCCAGAUCACCGCGGACCGUGUAGCAGCUGUUGACGGAUACUACGACGUCCUCUUCAUUGGCACAGAUGCUGGCACCGUGCUGAAGGUGAUCUCCGUCCCCAAGGGUGGCCGGCCUAAUGCUGAGGGGCUGCUCCUGGAGGAGCUGCACAUGUUUGAGGACUCAGCUGCUGUCACCAGCAUGCAAAUCUCCUCCAAGAGGCACCAACUGUACGUAGCCUCUCGGAGCGGGGUGGCCCAGAUCCCGUUGCACCGCUGCGCUGCCCACGGCCGCGCCUGUGCCGAAUGCUGUCUGGCACGUGACCCUUACUGCGCCUGGGAUGGGGCCGCGUGCACGCGCUUCCAGGCCAGUGCCAAGAGGAGGUUCCGACGGCAGGAUGUAAGGAACGGCGACCCCAGCACACUGUGCACCGGGGACUCAUCCCAUCCUGCGCUGCUGGAGCGGAAGGUGUUCGGUGUGGAGGGAGGUAGCGCCUUCCUGGAGUGUGAGCCCCGCUCGCUGCAGGCGCGCGUGGAGUGGACCUUCCAGCGCGCGGGGGAGGCGGCCUACACUCAGGUACCCGCAGAGGAGCGAGCCGAACGCACGACGCGGGGUCUGCUGCUUCGCUGGUUGCGGCGUGGGGACUCAGGCGUGUACCUGUGCGCAGCCGUGGAGCAGGGCUUUUCGCAGCCAAUGCGUCGCCUGGCGCUGCACGUGCUGAGUGCUGCUCAGGCUGAAAGGCUGGCCCGGACCGAGGAGGCUGCGCCCGUCGCGCCGCCGGGCCCCAAGCUCUGGUACCGGGACUUCCUGCAGCUGGUGGAGCCGGGCGGCGGUGGUACGAACUCCCUGCGAAUGUGUCGUCCGCAGCCCGCGCUGCGCCCACCGCCUCCCGAGUCGCGGAGGAAGGGCCGCAACCGGAGGACACACGCCCCAGAACCGCGUGCUGAGCGGGGGCCGCGCAGCGCAGCGCACUGGUGACUCGGCCGUCCCCACGCUGGGGACUGGGGAGGUGGCAGCAGCAGGGAGAGGGGGCGGUCAGACCCUGGGAAGCAGCUAGGGGCCCGGCACACAGCGGUUCCUGGUGGAGGGAAGACACCGACCCGACAGGCCCUGGCCAAGAGGCAGCCAUGCCGGCUUAUUUAUUAACAGAGAAUAAUCCUUGAAUGUAACCCCGAUAGGGGCGGCCCAGGCUGCGCACAGGGUCCAGCUGGUCAGGAGGAGGCAGAGAAUCAGGGUCCCCGAGCAACGACCUGGGUGGGGGAGGUGCCCAGAAUGCCCACCCUGGGGUAAGGGCCACCUCUUUGGGCAGUGAGCAGAAAGCUGUGAACAGGCUGGGGGGGUGGGGGUGGGGCAGGCCGACUGUACUAAUGCAAUAAACAUGUUAUCAGCUGAAGCUGGAACGGCCCCAUCAGACAGCCGCUGGUCUUAGUGUUACUGACCCAGGUUCUUGGACUCUUUAAUCAAUAGAAGUUGGUAAGAGGUCAGAUGAGAAAUUCGGGCAAGGCUUUAUUGGG